UACCAAUCAAGCACUUGGUGACGUUGAUGAAUGAAAAAUGUGUUUUCAGCACGAAAAAUAAUGAAACGCACAAAGUCUGAACACUUGCAUUCUACAAUAUCACAAUACUUGAAAAGAAGACAAUAUUCGGAGAGUGAAACAACACAGAAAAAAGAAUGUAGAUGGAUUCAGCAGCUACCCAGCAUGGCACUAAAGGGCUCUACAUCAGGGGAGAUCACUCAGGAUAACACACUCUCGUUUAGCAGUAUUACCGGAGAUGCUGCAGUUUGUGAGCAAAUAUUUACAAGGUUGAAAACAUUCCUCAGUGAGAAGAUAGUGUUACAGAGCUCAGACCUACAAUGUUUGUUGUUUCCAGUAUUUGUACACAUUUACAUAGAGUUGCUUAGUAAUGGACACAAAGCACCAGCUCACAAAUUCUUCAGCCGACAUAGUAGCGUGUUCAAAACGGAUGUAGAACAACAGAGCUUACUGGAUCAACUGUCAAAGCUCUACUCUAAAGCUGAUAUGAUUUCAUGUAAAGAAGUCCAGGCAUUCAAAGAUAUGAAGUACCAAGUGGUUCUCCCAAGGAACAAAUUUGAAAGCCUACAGAGAUUUAUGAAGGCUGAAGACAACAUGAUGCUGUUGCAGAUACUUAAUCAGCACAUACAGUUGCAAGGCGUGUACAGUAGAGCUACCACACCAUUCGAGCAGGUGAAGACUGACGCAAGCCCUGUACUAGGCCUUCAGGAUGAGAAGCUAGAAAAUCGUCAGCAGCAACCUAUCUCACCAGCGGUGAUUCCGGACAACAAGGUGGUACAAGAUGAUUUAGGCUUGUCAAGUUUGAAACAGAUCAUUAAGGAAGUGAGAGAUGGGCCACCUGGAUUACCUUCUAUAUGCUUCUACAGUUUCCUCAAUGCGUAUCAAGGGCUUUGCUGCUCCUCAACAUCUGCCAACAGUAUAUAUCUGAGUGGAGGUUUCGAGGAUAGUUCUGUGAGAUUGUGGAAGCUGAACCCGGGACUAUUUCCUGCUGUGGAUAACAGUGAUGGUCCGUCAGUGAUCCAUCUUGCAGCCAAUUAUCUAAAGGUUUUAGAAGAUGAAGAGGAUAAAAAGUGUGAAGAGAAAGAAUGUGUUGUAUUAAAGGGCCAUACAGGAAGUGUGUAUCAAGCCAGGUUCUCCUGGGACUCAAAGUUUCUGUUUACCUGCUCUGAUGAUACAACAGUGAGGCUAUGGGACAUAGAGAAACAGACUAAUGCUGCGGUAUACAGGGGACAUAACUAUCCUGUAUGGGAUCUAGAUACAAGUGCAAUGGGAGAUUAUUUUGCCAGCUGUUCACAUGACCAAACUGCUAAAUUAUGGUCAUCUGAAAGAACUUACCCGAUAAGGAGUUUUGUAGGACACACAUACGAUGUUGAUUGUGUAAGAUUCCAUCCAAACAGCAACUAUGUAGCGACUGGGUCAGGUGAUAAGACUGUUCGGAUGUGGAGUGUUCAGGAUGGGAAAUCUGUACGUCUGCUGCCGGGACACAAGAGUUCGAUACUUGCACUUGCAUUCUCACCAAAUGGCAUGCUGCUGGCAUCAGCAGGUGAGGACAGACGGAUACGAGUUUGGGAUCUCCGGAAUGGGCUGCUGUUUAAAGAGUUCAGAGGACAUACUGAUACCAUAUAUUCUCUCUCUUUUAACCAGAACAGCUCCACACUAGCUUCAGGUGGUCUAGAUAGCUGUAUAAGGGUUUGGGACCUCAGGAAAUCAGCUGGUAGUUCUCUGUCGGCGUCAGACAACCACAUUCAGCAGAGCUUUUGGAUAGCUUCUCUAAGUACAAUUCUGUGA